GGUGUAUAAGCGUAGGAAUAAUAGAUUUAAGAGAAGCUCAAGUGUCUGUGGUGCUGUUUAAAGAGGGUUUUCUAUCAAGAGUUAGAGUAGAUAAGGCUGCACUUGGCCCUUUUAUUCAUAACAGUUGUGCUGGGAAUCUAAUACCUUUAUCAAUUCAUCAGCACGAGAAGAGAAGCCGGCAUAUUACUAAAAGUACUCUCAAUAUUAAUAGAAUCUGUGAUGAAGAAAAUACCGGUGGACAUCAUGACCCCGGCUUUGCAUGCGGCCCCACAGGAGCUACUGCAUGCAAAAGAUUAAAUAUCAAUCCCUCUUCGGCCCUUGAGGGUACUAAGUGGUACACCGGGAAGUAUAACUGCUGCCCUGAGGUGUAUGCUGAGAUGCCGUUUGCGUGUCAUGCUGGAGACUUCACAGGAAAAUUUGGACAGGGUAAAAAUGCAUCGCCUGAUGAGAAUAUACCUGACUACCGCUUAUUGUCUCUUGAUCUGCAUGCAGACAAUCCGUGUGUCGCUGUUGAUAAACAACAGGCUCUUGUUCUUCACUGCCAUUCGACAAAUUUUCGCUUGGCUUGCGGCCCCUUUGAACGUCUGGAGACAGCCGGCAGCCGCAUGCAGCAGCUGCUUAGAGAAGUAAUAAAGACAGCAGUAUUAGCUGUACCUCAUUCACCUUCAGAAGAGUCGCUGCUUGCUUCUCUUAUACUUGUCUCUGAAAUAGAAAGACGCGUUGCUCUGUUAGAGAGAGCAGCAAAAUCUAAUACAAACCCUCACAGACCUGCGGAUACACCUGAACAAACGGAAGACACGUGGGGCCUAGAAGAAUAA